CUCAACUCCCGACCUCCAUCAUCUGCAAACUCACCUGUCUGGCUUUCCCUUCAGCGACAAUCCACCGAUAGAUUCUAUGAGAUUUUGAUUUCUCUCUGCUCCUGCCACUCUCUUGAGUAUCUUUUUCAGCAUCUACCACACCCCACCUUAAUAUGUCGUUCUGCAAAGCUACCAUGCUCUCUCCGGUGACAUCAUCCGCCACGCUUCUCAACUUGUUGAGACAGUCGUCCACAAGACACUCCGCGCAGACAUGUCGCCUGUUCUCCUCCUAUGGAAAUGCCCACCGGGCUUCGAAGCGUGAUAUGCAGACUGCCACUGCGUACCGUCCACACUCGCUGCCCACUUCCUUCCCGCCGCCUCGGAACCCCGGGGCUUCCGACUCCUCCAUCACCGCAGACUUCCCCUUCCACGAGAUCACACAGCCUCAGAUGCCCGGACAGCAAGGCUUUUCGAACAUCAACCUCCGGGAGAGCGAAGCACAGAAGCCCAAGGUCUCCGAGACCGCCUCGACGACCCCCUCCAAGCCCACCGAGAAGCCCCGGAGAAAACUGCGUGCGAGGAAGGCGGCGAUGAAGUUGACGCCCAUCGCGAUCGAACAACUCCGCAAACUCCUCUCACAGCCCUCGCCCAAGCUCAUCCGCGUCGGCGUCAAGAACCGCGGCUGCUCCGGUCUCGCCUACCAUCUGGAAUACGUGGAAAAGCCGGGUGCUUUCGACGAGGUGGUUGAGCAGGACGGCGUCAAAGUCUUGAUCGACAGCAAAGCCUUGUUCAGCAUCAUCGGCAGCGAGAUGGACUGGCAGGAAGACAAGCUGAGCAGGAGAUUCGUUUUCCGCAACCCCAAUAUUAGUAAGCACCCCUUCCGUGUCUGGUGUCUUUUUGAACAUGUUCGCUAACCUAUACGCCACAGAGGAACAAUGCGGAUGCGGUGAAUCCUUCAUGGUAUGAUUUGAUUUUUGAAUCAGAUCGGAUUUUUUACGUACCUCCAUCUUAUGCGGAUUACAUGGGUUUUGCGUUCGUGCAUUGGACGGCGUUUGGCGGGGGGGCUUU